UCAAAUUUCAUGCAACUUUUUUUCUACAUAAUCUUCAACAAGGUUCUGCGUUCUGAACUCCUGAGAAUUACUUAUCAAAGGUUUAGAUACAUGGCUUUUGGAAAGCCCGUCAUCUUAUUUUUCCCCCUUUGCUUCCUGCAAAGUGUGUUGGCAACCACUAGAGGGGAGGAGACUGCUGGUCCUUUCAAUUACUACACCAUUGAGAUAGACGAGGGAGAGGACGUAGCCAGAGACGUGGCUAAAAGGAAUGGCUUAGAGUACGUCCUACCGGUUGGAAAUCUAAAAGGGUUCCACAUCUUGAAGGCUAGAAAUAAGCAAUUUGGGAAAAGAAUCAGAAAACGGAGUGCAGAGCAACUGCUGCAACAGCUUUCCCAGGAUCGCCAGGUCAAAUGGGCUGAACAACAAGAUAUUCAUGAAGUGGAAAAAAGAGACAAAGCUCUUUUGCCUGAUCUUCCAUUCCUUUCCAAAGAGUAUAGUAUCAGCUCAUUCUUUGAAACACUAGAUCGAGAAAAGCAUGAUACUAUUCCCGCAGCAAUCUUCAAUGUGUUGAAGUCAGAACAAGAAGAUAAAGAUCCACUGCAGUUCAAUGAUCCAAUGUGGCCUGCACAAUGGGAACUGUUUAAUACUGGCCAGACGCAUGGGCCAAAGGGAUUUGACAUCAAUGUGAUGCCAGUAUGGAAGAAAAAUAUAACUGGCUCUGGGGUUGUCGUGACAAUCAUAGAUGACGGUAUUGACCAUAAUCAUAUAGAUUUAAAGAGAAACUAUGAUCCUCAUGCCAGCUUUGAUUUCAAUGACCAUUUUGAUGAUCAGCAUGAUCCAACACCUGAAGAUGUUGACGGAUCCAAUGGUCAUGGAACAAAGUGCGCUGGUGAAGUGGCAAUGGAGGCCAACAACAACUUCUGUGGGGUUGGAAUUGCAUAUAAUGCGAAGAUUGGAGGCAUCCGGAUCUUGGAUGGGAAAGUAACUGAUGCCUUAGAAGCAGCAUCUCUUACCUACAAUAACAAUUAUAUAGAUAUCUACAGCUGCUGUUGGGGGCCGAAAGACAAUGGGCGGAACUUUGAUGGCCCUAGACUAUUGACAACCAAAGCGCUACAGGAAGGUGCAGAGAAGGGUCGCAAUGGUAAAGGAAGUAUUUUUAUCUGGGCCUCAGGAAAUGGUGGCUUUUUAAGAGAUCACUGUGGUGCUGAUGGAUAUGUGAACAGUAUUUUUACUGUGGCAGUUGGAGCUGUCAGUAGCUUAGGUCUCAACACCUUUUACUCAGAGGCUUGUCCAGCAGUUAUGGCAGUAAUCCCGACAGGAGGAACAAGUGAUUCACCUUUUGAAACAAGCAUGGAGGAUGAACUAGCCUUGGUAACAACUGAACUUGACAAUGAAUGUACCAAAACCUUCAAAGGCACUUCAAGCGCAGCUCCAAUGGCAGCUGGUAUAAUUGCAUUGGUCCUUCAGGCUCAGCCGAACCUUACAUGGCGAGAUGUGCAGCACCUUAUCGUUCGAACCUGUAAAAUUUCUGACCCUUUGAGCAAAGACUGGAAGAUUAAUGGAGGAGGUUAUCACAUUCACCACAAAUAUGGAUUUGGUUUGCUUGAUGCUGGACGUAUGUUGAAAGCAGCCCUUGAGUGGAAAACCCUGGGUCCUCAGAGAAAGUGUGUGGUUAAUUCUAACCGUCAAAUGAAAAAAGCUAUUCCUGUAAAAGAUUCUCUGACACUGAAUCUAACAACGAAUGCCUGCAUGAAUACAAGGAACGCAAUUGACUCACUCGAGCAUGUACAGGUCACUGUCACCCUGUCAAGCAUCUGUCGUGGUAAUCUUGAAAUUUCUCUCACCUCUCCAUUUGGUACCAAAUCAAAGCUACUUGCAGUCCGUCCCUUUGAUGAAAGCCAAGAAGGGCUGAAAAACUGGACAUUCAUGAGUGUCCAUUUUUGGGGGGAGAAUCCCAAUGGAGCAUGGAUACUUAAAAUUACAGAUCACGCCAAUACUGUUGAAACUUGUGAGAGAAAAAAGGGUGAAACAACAUCAGGAUAUAUCACUAGGUUUCAGCUGACACUCUGGGGAACCUACAAGAUUGAGCUCCCCAAAAGGGAAAAAAUAGCGAAACUUGACAGCAUUCAACAAGGUAAAAAUUAUCAAAAGCUGCAAGACAUCAGAAAACUUACGAAGCAAACUAAAAUAGAUAAGAGAUUACUUGAAGCUUUCAUUCAUGAAAAUACCAAAAGAGUGCAAGCAGAUGAUAUUCAUUUUACGGAACCAGAGUUUCCUACACCUGUAAAAAAUGCAAGCGCUCCAAGUUCUAACUUGAGUCAGGUUCUGCUGAAAUUUUGGUACUCCAUGAAAAGCAAAAUACAUGACAAAAGGUCAUUACUAGCUGAGACAAAUGAACAGGAUUUUGAUGAAGCUCAGACUGAAUAUCAAAGAAGCAAUGUACUAUCUUCUAAGUCUGCAGAAGAGUAGAGUGAGGAUCCUGCUUCUUUACUGAUAGCUUCCUUGAACAGUCGCAAAUAAUAUCCAAAAUGUCAAAGAUGAUGGAAAAUAUGGAUGACACCUUUAAGAAAAUGAUUAAAGACAAGAACAUUCUCAAUGACAUGGUUGCGCCACAAAUAAAUAAAAUUAUACUUAACAUAAAAGGGGUAAAUAUUUGUCUUGGGUGGUAGCACUAAACAGAUGUUAUUGCGCCACUUGAUUUUCUGUUCCAUUGUAGCUAAUGUACCUGAACAUUGCGAGGAGGUUAUAACUGGAAAGAUUAGGUAUUCGGUUGGGGAGACAGUGGUCCAGGCCAUAACAUCUAUUUCAUGCUACCUCUUGAAACAAAUUUAUACCUCCCAAAGUCUUUGUAAAAUGAGAUAUGCAAUAAAUGAAAUAUUUCAUCCACAAAUCACAAUAUUGAUUUAAGGUACUAUUAGGGAACAAACAAGCAUAUAUUUGGUUCCAAUGUAUAAUGGUGAUGACUUGACUCAUCGUGCCUGUGAUUGAAGAAUCAACUCAGCCUUUAUUUCUCUCUUUCAAGUGUUCAGUGUCGUCUUUCUAGACAGGAUAAGAUGGUAAUUGCGUAAGACUUUGGAAUGGUGACUAAAAACCCGACCUAAUAUUAAAAGAAUAUAACUUGCAAAUUUUCCUGGAAUCUCCAUAUGUACUUCUUGCAAGGUAUUGGCAAAACACGCUGGAGAAAUUGUAUAAUUAGACAUUUUUAGCAAUUUAUUCUGUCUCACCAAAUAUUCCAACCUCCUUUACUGGUGAACCUCAGGUAAUUUUAAGCACAUGCAUCUAAGAUGGUACUGACAGAAUUCUGCAUCAGUUUUUUUUUCAAAAUUAGCUUUUAAUUUACAUACUGGAGUUUUCAA